AUGAGUAGGAGCAAACCCCGGCAGGUGAGAGCAGGCGAGGAGGCCGCCCCGGGCCCUCCGACCCCGGCCUCGAGGCCGGCCGGCGGGCCCCUGGGCAUGGCUGCCGGGGCGGGCGAGGGGGUCCGGCCGGAGCUGGGCGAGGCGGAGGGGCCGGGGAACCCGGAGCCCCCGCCGCAGCCGAAGGCCAAGCCCACCAGGGCUCGCGGGGGGCGGCCGAAGGUGACCAGGCGCCCGCGGCCUGCGGUGGCCCCGGGGUCUCAGCCGCCCCCCUGCCCCGUGGGGGCCCUGACCCUGGCGGCGUUGGCCGAGGAGAUCCAGAGCCACCGGGGGGACCGGGCCGGACCCGGCCAGCGGCCUGGGGACCGGGGGGACGGGCGGACGGCGGAGCCGGCGUCGAGGCCGCCGGCCCCGGAGGGGAACGGCGGGCGGCGCGGGGACCGAGCGACGGCCUCCGGGGAGGCGGGUGAGGACGCAGCUUCCAGUCCCGGGAACGACCAGCGGCGGCCACAGAAGCGGCCUCCGAAGCAGCCGCGGCCACAGCUGCCCCAAGGAGAGGCCCGGCCGGAGUGCUGCCCGUCCUCCCCCACUCGUCCUCUACGUGUCCAGUUUCCCCUGGCCUCCUGCUUCCUCACCGACCUAGCCGUCCACACCGUGGCCUGCCUGACGGACGCCGGCUUCUCGGGGACCCAGGCCACCGCCGUGUGCCUUUCCUCCACCCUGGAGGCCCACGGGACCAUCCUGAGGGACAAGGUGGAGGAGCUGGUCCACGGGCUACACCUGCAGAUCCACAGGUUCUCGGAGGGCCGGGCCCGGCGGGCGGCGCUGCGGGUGCUGUGCUCGCUGGCUGUGGAGCACGCCCCGGAUGUGGUGCACGGCCUCCUCAGCCACUCGCUGCCCUGCGACAGCAGCGCGGUGGAACUGUGGAGAGGUCUGAGCCGCAACCAGAGGGUCAACGUGACGGUGCUGGUCCAGCUGCUGUGGAAACUCAAGGGACAGCCCCGGGUCCUGGGCGGCAGCCCCGCGGGCCCCGACGGGGCCCUCCAGGAGCCGCUGGCCGCCACCCGGGCCCUGGGGGAAAUGCUGGCUGUGGCGGGCUGUGUGGGUGCCAUGAGGGGCUUCUACCCACAGAUGCUCAUCGCCCUGGUGACACAGCUGCAUCAGCUGGCCCGGUGUCCCCCGGACAACCUCAGUAAGGCCCGGGGGCCCCCUCAGAGCAAGGCCGCCCACCCUCGCAGCCACGCCCACUGUGCCGUGGAGGCUCUGAAGGCCCUGCUGCGGGCGGACGGAGGCCGCAUGGUGGUGACCUGCAUGGAGCAGGCCGGGGGCUGGGAGCGGCUCUCGGGGCCGGACACUCACCUGGAGGGCGUCCUGCUGCUGGCCAGUGCCAUGGUGGCCCACGCCGACCACCACCUGCGGGGUCUCUUUGCCGACCUGCUCCCGCUCCUGCGCAGCCCCGAUGCCACCCGGCGCCUCACCGCCAUGGCCUUCUUCACUGGGUUGCUGCAGAGCCGGCCGACCGUACGCCUGCUGCGGGCAGGGUCCAUCCUGGAGCGGCUGGGCGCCUGGCAGGGAGACCCGGAACCCAGCGUGCGGUGGUUGGGGCUGCUGGGGCUGGGACACAUGGCACUGCACGCGGGGAAGGUGCAGCACGUGGAGGUGCUGCUGCCAGCCCUCCUGGGGGCCCUGGGCGAGGCGGACGGACGGCUGGUGGGGGCCGCGCUGGGCGCCCUGCGUCGCAUCCUGCUGCAGCCUCGCGGGCACUCCUGCACCGACUCCAUCUGCCCCGACGUCGGAGCCCGGCUCUGGCCCCUCCUGGACGACGCCCGUGACCCCGUGCGUUCUUCGGCCAUCGGGCUGUUUGGGACCCUGGUGGGUCGGUCGCCCCUGCUGCAACGCUGCGCCACGCGGGACCUUGUGCUGGACAGUCUGGUGCCCCUGCUGCUCCACCUGCAGGACCAGAGUCCAGACGCAGCCGAGAGUGCGGAGUGGACCCUGGCCCGUUGUGACCGCUUUCUUCACUGGGGGUUGCUGGAAGAGAUCGUCACAAUGGCUCACUACGAUAGCCCCGAGGCCUUCAGCCGCACCUGCCGGCGUCUGGUGCGGUGGUACCCCGGCCGGGUCCCCGGCUUCCUGGACCAGGCCCAGGGCUACCUGAGGAGUCCGCAGGUGUCCAUCCGCCGGGCGGCAGGCAUGUUCAUAGGGUUUCUGGUCCAUCACACGGAUGCCGGCGCUGUGAAAGAAGGCCUCGUGGACUCACUGCUGCACAACCUCAGGGAGCUGGAGUGCGACCCGGAGGCCUCGGUGCGCAGCGCCACCCACGUCACCCUGCACCAGCUGCGGCUCGCCAGCCAGGACUGGGCCUCCCGGCCGGGCCGCUUCUCGCCCCGCAGGCUCCUGCGCCCCAGAGGCCGGCCCGCCCGCCCGUGGCCCCUCUACGAGGAGGGUCCUUUCAAACGGAGGAGCCGGGCCGGUCUGUGGGGCUCCCACAUGGGGGCCUGA